AUGCCCUCAUCAACCUCCGCCCCAUCCAAACCACCCGCAAAGAACGUCCCCAAUCCACGCCGUCUGCUCAUCCUAACCCCACCAACACAAUCCCCCUCGAUCAUUCCUCCUCUACUGCACACUCUAAGCGGCGUCCCCGUAACAGAGAUCCCGAAUUCACAGCCAAUCCCCGAAUCAUCAAAAGAUAACGAGCAAGAAACACAAUCGCAAUCCCAAACACAGCCCGAGACAGAGACAGAGACAGAGCCAGAGACAAGCUCGCAAAGGCCAAUACCUCCCCAACCCUCCUUCGCAGGCUACACAACCCACAGCCCCCUCCGCCUAAGUACAAAAUACUACACAGCCGAAGUACCAAUCUGGGUCGACGAGGUGCCCCUCCUCCCCGCGCCAAAGAACAACUCCAAUUCCAAUUCCACCUCCACCUCCACCCCCGACUCGAGUUCCGGCUCAGAAAUAUGGAAAAACGACUUCCUUAGCGAAGAGGCUCAAAUCGUCCGCGAAGCCGUCGGCGCUCUAGUCGUCGCUGUCCGGGCCCCUGGUCCGCGCAACGAUGCAAAUGCAGAUGUGGACGUCGCCCAGUCCGAAGAUGUCCUUGCCCUGAGCGCGCUGAUGCGUGACAUCGGAGCUGUGAAGGGAUGUAUUGAUGAGGAGCGGGGUGGGAUGGAUGUUCCUGGUGUAUUUUUGCUUGUUGGGGCUGGUGGGAAGUCAACUCCCGUGUCUGCUUCCGCGUCUGCGCGGGAUCCUGAGGAGGACGCGGGGAUGAGCUUGGGGGAGAUGUACCACUCUCAGUGGGGUGGUGGGAAGAUCGACUUUUUGAUAUGGGAAUACGAGGGCAUGCCGAGGGUCAAAGAGGUUCUUGAAACGCAUGAUUGGAGUGCUGCAGGGGAGGAUGGACUCGAUGAUGAUCUUGAGGCGGAAUUGCUUGGGUUUGAUCGGGAGGGUGGUAGUGGGUUUGGAAUGGAGGUAAAUGAAUUGGAGCGAGAAAUGGUUGGUCUGCGGAUGGCGAUUGAGCGAGGCGGCGGCGAUGGAGAUAGUGAUGGGGAGAGUGAUGGCGAUGAGGAAGAGGAUAAAGUUGAAUCGAUAGAGACAUUGAUCAUGCGCAUGCAAUCUCUACGAGGUACGUUGAUUCUCUGGCGAUUUUGGUGCAUUGCUAACGGGUUGGUGCAUUUAGAUAUGGGCUCCGAGUUGCCAGACAGUGAGCGAAGAAGGUUUGCUGCGAAAGCGGUGCAGGAUAUAAUGCGUGAGCUGUGA